GGUGUCUUACUAAAAUACUUAUCCGUAAUUACAGCAAUAUUGUCGUAUUAUUUUUCUAUUCUAUUUUUGAAAUCGUUGUUGUUCGGUUUUUCAAGACUAUUUUUGUUAAACUGUAUACAAUAACUUAAUGUUGUUUCAUUGAAACCACAGUUUUUUCAUUGUUAAAGAUUGCUUUAAAAAACGGAUAACUUAGCUCUAUUUUUCUCGUUGAUUCAACAUUGUUUAUUAUCAAUUGAAAAAUGGCUACUGGCAUCAGACGUGACAUGCACUUGAGACAAGACAAAGUUUAUUCUGAAAAUAAUAUUCCAAAAGCAGUUAAAGAUUCUAAAAGCAGUGGUAUAAUAGCUCCUAGAAGACCUGUAUUAAAUGACAUAAGCAGUAACUUGCAGAUUAAUCAAAAUGCUAAUCAAAAAGGAAAAAUUACUAUAACAAAACCAACUAUUCAAGUAACAAAACCUACUACUAGACUUGCUUCGAAUUUAAAUCGUACUACCACUUCUAUUACUUCUAAAGUGAAACCUUCAUUGAGUACGUCUAAAACUGUUCUUAAAGUUAAUUCUGGUUUACAUGAGAGCGUAUCAAACAUUCCAAAAGCUAUUGUUAGACCUAAGACAGCUGGAUUGGUCAAGACUUACAGAGGAACUUUGACCCGGAGUUCAUCGCUUAAAAACAAAUCAGUUGUAUUGACAGAAUCUCAAAAGAAAGAACAAGAUUGGAUUACUGCUUGUAAAGUAGAUGCUGUUGACAAAAGUGAUGAGUAUGAUCCGUUUCUAGUCGGAGCAUACUCCAAACCUAUUUUUACAUACAUGAUGACCUUGGAGGAUCAAUAUAUCAUAAAACCAGAUUAUUUAGCUAACCACAAAUAUAUCACAGCAUCAAACCGUAGUGUUGUUGUUGACUGGCUUGUAGAGGUACAACAAGAAUUUCAAAUUAUGCAAGAAUCUCUUUAUACAGCUGUUGGAAUUCUUGACAGAUAUUUACAAGAAGAUCAAAAUGUUGCUCGCAAUAAACUCCAAUUAAUUGGUGCUACAAGUCUACUACUCGGUUGCAAGUAUGAAGAAAUAUAUGUACCUGAGAUAACUGACUUUGUCUAUUUAUCAGACAAUGCUUUUACCAAGGAUCAAGUAAAAUCAUGUUUAGUGGAAGUCUUCAGAACAAUUAAUUAUUCAUUAUCUAGACCUUUUUCAUUAACCUUUUUGAGAAGGUUUAGCAAAGUGUCAGGUGCGCGAUCAUCACAACAUUCCUUGGCUAAAUACUUCUUGGAAUUGGCUUUAAUUGACUAUAAUUUAGCACAUGUUAAACCUUCUGAAGUAGCUGCGUCCGGUCUGUUAUUAGCCAUCGUCAUAACUAAUGAUCCUGAAUUAGAUGAUAACCCUGAAGAUGUAAAUUCAUUAUUAUCUUUGUAUUGGUCAGAUUUAAUUCAAAAACACUCAACAUAUAAAGUGGAUCAGUUAAUUUCUACUGUUCAAUCACUUGCUCGUUUAGCGCUUAAUGCCCCUGAAUGGAAAUAUAAGGCUGUUUACAAAAAAUAUCAGAGUGCGAAGAUGGGAAGAAUCACAACAAGUUCCUUACUGAGCUCACCAGCUAUGAUGUUUAUUGCACGCACAUGUUGAUUCAGUAUCACCUAAACCUAACUAUUUUUAACUUUUUUUAAAUUUAUUUUGUUUUUAUCGAGAGUGGUGUUAUGCCACUGU